AUGGAAACAAAACAACACUCUUUGGUCGAGCUCAACAAACAGAUGGAGGAACAAAAAAUCCACACUGACGCCCUUUUCACAGACCUAAGAAGCAAGCUUGAUAGAAAGUUCUCAAGUUUCGAUGAUAAAUUUUCAGGGCUCGAAACGGUGGCUCUGAAGUAUUUCUCGGCUGGGUCUACUCCGAUUCGUGUUCAGGAAAGUGGGUCUUCUCAACCGACUGGCCUACUGGCCUCACCUGAGCAUUCCAAACCACCAGACCCACCAGACCUCGCCAGAUCUGCGCCGUUUACUAAGGGGAAAGGCAUCGCUGAAACCCCCGGACCCGGAGAGCCACUACUGCCAAACGGAAUGUCUUCUCGACUUACAAAGCACCUUGCUCUCCAUGUGCGUCAGUUUGAAGUGAAGACGAUUUCUGAGGCUGCAAGAAUCGCUAUUCUCCAUGAAUCAGCUUUAGCGUGCACCCCAAACCGCACACAUAGAGUUCCCUUCAGUCCUUUUCAGAAGUCAAAUACCCAUCAAUUCUCGAAGGUAUGUGAGUUGGGAACUGAGGAUGCAGAACUACAGCGAGAGUCUCUGUUCUCACAUAUUUCAGCAGGUAACACAGAGGACUCACUUGCUGCCGCAGUGCAGCCCUUCAUAGAGAGAUACGCAGACCUGUUUGCAGAACCACAGGGGUUAUCCCCAUUUCGCGAGGGAUUACCAAAUCUUUCUCAAGGCAGGCGCCAACCUAGUGAACCUCAGACCAUACAG